AAUGGACAAUUUUUAGCUCUUGUAGAGGGGGACGGCAAUCGGCAGCCAACAUGUACGCGAGUGUCUUGUUCUUCGUCACAGUGAGCUGUGCGUGUUCUACUGCCCAUGGGUUGUCUGAGAGAUCCUUCACAAUAGACUAUAAAAACAAUUGUUUCCUGAAAGAUGGGCAUCCCUUUCAGUACAUCUCUGGCAGCAUUCACUACUCCCGAAUCCCACGCUUCUACUGGAAGGAUCGGCUGCUCAAGAUGUACAUGGCGGGACUUGACGCCAUCCAAAUAUAUGUUCCUUGGAACUUCCAUGAAACAGUUGAAGGAAUCCACAACUUCACAGGGGACAGAGAUUUGGAGCAUUUCUUGGAUCUGGCCAAUCAGACGGAUCUUUUGGUGAUUCUGCGUCCAGGACCAUAUAUCUGUGCUGAAUGGGAGAUGGGUGGGUUGCCAGCAUGGUUACUCCAAAGAAACAACAUUAGACUACGCUCUGCUGAUCCAGUUUAUUUGCAGGCGGUCACUAACUGGUUUGCUGUUCUCCUCCCCAAAAUGACACCCUGGUUGUAUGCUAAUGGCGGAAACAUCAUCAGUGUCCAGGUUGAGAACGAGUAUGGAAGCGACUACGCUUGUGACCACAACUAUAUGCGUCACCUACGAACUGUGCUGCAAGUUUAUCUGGGCAAAGGCACCGUCCUCUUCACCACUGAUGGCAACACGGACAAGGAAAUGACAUGCGGGACUCUGGAGGGAUUAUACGCCACUGUGGACUUUGGCACAGGUGACAACAUCACUGAAGCCUUCAACAGGCAAAGGCGGUUUGAGCCGCGAGGUCCUUUGGUCAAUUCGGAGUAUUACACUGGUUGGUUGGACCACUGGGGUGAUGAGCAUGCCAUGGUUGAUACUCAGAAGGUCAGCAGAGGUUUAGCAGAGAUGCUAAACAUGGGCGCUAACAUUAACAUGUACAUGUUUGAAGGAGGGACCAACUUUGGCUACUGGAAUGGUGCUGACCACGACACCAAGUUCCGUCCGGUGGUGACGAGUUACGACUAUGACGCCCCACUUUCAGAGGCGGGGGAUCCAACAGAGAAGCUGCUGGCCAUCCGAGAUGUCAUUAAAACGUUUAAGGCCAUUCCCUUUGGACCCAUGCCACCUGCUACUCCCAAAUUUGCCUAUGGCUUUGUUAUGCUAACAAAGGUGGGCAACAUCAGCAGUCUAUUGGACACAUUUUCUGUGGGGCCCGUUCAAUCGAAAUACCCUUUGACUUUUGAGGAGCUCAAACAGUUCUAUGGAUUCGUGCUGUAUCAGACCACAUUACCCCGGGACCUUACAAAGCCCACGCUGCUCAUUUCUCCCUUGAAUGGCAUUCGUGACCGUGCGUAUGUGUCCGUCAACGGGGUUUUCCAGGGUCUAUUGGAGAGAGACACCAUACUGGUGAUGAACAUUACUGGACGGCAGGGGGAUAUCAUGGACAUCCUUGUGGAGAAUAUGGGCAGAGUUAACUUUGGGAGCCAUAUUAAUGACUACAAGGGUGUCAUCGGCAACCUAAUCCUGGGCCAAGAUGUACUAACCGACUGGAAGAUGUACCCUUUGGACAUUGACGGCGCCAUUGCUGCUGGUUGGCCUCACACGCUUAGGCUGCACGAAGAAACAAACAGACCUUCUAUUGGACCAACCUUCUACAUGGGAACAUUGCAGCCCAGUGGUGUAGCGUGGGACACUUUUCUAAAGCUAAAUGAAUGGAAAAAGGGUCAGGUUUGGAUCAAUGGUGUAAAUCUGGGGCGAUACUGGCCAGCCAGGGGCCCGCAGCAGACCCUUUAUGUUCCCGGACCCCUGCUCAGUACCACCCUGCCCAACAACAUCACGGUGCUGGAGCUAGAAGAGGCGCCAGUACAUUUAAGGCUUCUCUUCAUGGACCGACCUCUGCUCAAAGUUGCUGAUAAGUCGUGACAAUAAUACACAGUCCAUGCUUGUCGCGUCCAUUUUAAGAUUGUAUUACCUUGACCUCUGUUGUUUUGUACAAACCCAAUUCCAAGGAAGUUAGGGCGUUGUGUUAAAUAAAAACAGAAUACAAUGAAUGAUUUGCAAAUCAUGUUC